AUGUACGAAAGCAAUGCCGUGUCGGCCACUGCACUGACUUUGGCGCGGUCGGAAUUGUCGAAAGCGAAUGCACUCUUGUGGCAGGACGACAAGCUUACCAAGGACGGUAAGCCGGGGUCGUUGACGGCAAAAGAGCGCAUGUUUUACCAAGGUCGCGUCAAGCAACUCGAAGCUGCGAUCGACUCGUACCACCAGGCCAUCUCCAAGGCCAACUACACGCGUGCAAUUUUGUCUUUCGCUGGGCUCAUUGUGUUCGUGUUGCUCCUCUUCCUGCUCAACCAAAAAGUCCCUAUGUUUUAA